AGUCAAGAUGAUAUCGCACGUAUCAAAAUUGUUCCGUUCAUAUCCAAUUCUAAAAGGAAUGGCAGUUUACUCUAUAAUUUGGCCAACAAGCUCUAUAGUUCAACAAUUGAUAGCUAAGGAAAAAAUCAAUUACAAACAAGUCUUUAGAUUCUGGCUGUUUGGGACUUUUUUUGAUGCACCAUUACUUUAUGGAUGGAUUCGUUUAUCAUCUCAAAUGUGGGCAAGUAUGUCAUUCAAAAGUGGAAUCACCAAAGCAGUUGUAGAACAAUUCAGCUACAGUCCACUCGCUGCAGUUUCAUUCUUUUCAAUUAUGAGCUUAAUGGAAGGAAAAUCAUUUAAAGAAGCACGACAUGAAGUUGUUGAUAAAUUUCCACAAACAUAUGGUGCAGCUAUCGUUUUCUGGCCUGUUAUUCAGACCAUUAAUUACGCAUUUAUGAAAGAAUCAAAUCGCGUUCCUUUUGUAGCUUGUGUGUCGUUUAUUUGGACACUAUUUUUGGCUUAUAUGAAGCAGCUUGAGACUGGAAAUUCACAAGAAGAAAUCGAGAAGCUUCAGAGUAAAUUGACUGAAGGGCUGAAAGUCGAUCUACAGAUUGAGAAGAAAGCUGAUUUAAGAUAAAAGAUUUAUUUGUGGUUGUUGAAAUCUUCACUAAAUGACUAGCUAUUUGAGCGAUUCUCCAGCGGGGAAAUCAGCCAAAAAUCACUUUCAAAUUGAUUUUUCUUUAAAUUUUCCCACUAAAGCAUGUUUGUUCUCAAUUAAAACAGAUGUAUUUUUCCUAAUUCUAUCUCUUAAAGUCAUUCAGAAAU